AUGGUGAGUGGCCACCCGCCGCCCCGGGAACCGGAGCCGGGGACCGGCCCAGCCCUCUGCGGGCCGCCCAGGCCUGGAGCCGCCCCGGGCCUAGCCCGGCGGCUGCGGCUUCAUGGCCAAGGCCACACAGCGCGCCGGCCGCCCCGCCCGCCGUGGCGCCGCCCCCGGCGCUCGGACCGCCACACCCGGAGUGCGGUGCCCUCACCCGACCCCGCCUCCCCACCGCGUUCCGGGCCCGCCCACGGAGUCCGCCCACGCCCCGCCCCAGCAGGGCUCGGUCUUCACGGAGCUCCGCCCACGCCCCGCCCAAGCAGGGCUCGGUCCUCCCGGAGCCCCGCCCAUGCCCCGCCCAAGACUGCCCCUAGCCAGCCGCUGCUCUCCACCGUUCCUGGGCCAUGCUCUGGCUACACCUUCAGCCAGACCAACCCCACCUCUGAGGAGCCCUCACUCUUCAUCUCCCUCCCACCUGCAUUGCAGCCAAGCGCCUCCAUGCCUCCAGAGGCUCCAGAUGAGCCAGCCAUCAGCGCUGGUGAACCCAGUGCGAAGACCCUGGACCUCCAGUCUGAGGCUCAGAACAGUGGAGUCCAUCCCCAGGGAUGA